AAAGGGCGCGGUGCCUGGAGUUCGGCUGCGAUUCGGUGACGGGGAGGCGCGGGCGGUGGAACAGCCAUGGCUCCCUGCAAGAUAUUGAGUGUCGUGUUGGUGGGCGUGGUCAGCCUCGUUGGCGGCGACGGACUCGGGGAAUAUGGCGCACCUUCGCUCCUCCCACUCCCCGAGGAUCAGGUCUUAAUAACCAAAACUUCCUUGCAAAGUUCAGAGUGUCCGUGCACCUACGAUGCAACUUAUUUUGACCUGAAUUGCACAAACUUACAACUCAGAAAAAUUCCCGUUGAAUGCUUCACGAUGUACCCUCAAACAAAGGGAGUACAGUUACUCAAUAAUAAUGUGACAGAAAUCCUGGAAGCCGAUUUCGAAAUUUUGAACGAGACACUUGAGAGAAUAGAUUUGGGGAUGAAUGAUAUACAUUACAUACAUCCACGAGCAUUUUCAAAACUUGUAAACCUUAGACACCUGAUUUUAUUUAACAAUGCCCUUAAGAUUGCCGGAAGAUCUGCUGGUUAACAAUGACCUGUUGUCAGAAUUUUCAGCUUACAACAAUGGCUUACAGGAUCUCCCUUUGUCCUUAUUCAGCCCAAAUGUCAAAGACAAUGACUUGACAGUACUAGUUUAUCCUAAUGAUUUCUACACAGUACCCUGCUCCUUCACAGCCCCCUUCGGAAACGUUCUGCAACAAGACCUUUACAAUUUCACAAGUUUUUGGGCAUCGUCCCAAGAAGAAGCGGCUACCUGCCAGACCUUUGGCCUUUACGCCUAUGUGAGUACUUGUCGACCUUACGGCAGGUCAGGAGUAGACUGUUCGGUCCUUGAUGAGCCUCUGACCUUCAGUAAGGCCGCUAUGGCUGCAAGUUCAGGGCAGACGGAGAUUCAGUUCAGGGCAGAGUUGGCUCCCUUGAUUGGCGAGGCCCCGCAGGCUCUCCAGUGUCUGCCCGAAGGCGUGGACGUGACGGAGACUUACCGCCUGUACUCCCGCCACAGUACGGAACUUGUCAUCGAGACCUUCUUUUUCGAUCUGGUAGAGCUGCCCAGGUACACAUCAGCAGAAACGCAGUCCGUGACUCUCCGAGCUGACACUGUGGUGCUGACAGGGCCACUGAGUCCAAUUACUUUCCCACUCACAAUUAUUGCCCGAAAAAUAGUUCUUGAAAACCCUCUGCUUGUGGCGACCACUCUGUCAGCCCACGCACCUGGAGCUGAUACAAGUUUUUACACGCCCAUGCACACACGAGGGCGGGUUGGCAGCAUGACCGUGGAACAGCUGCAGCAUGGUCUGGUCACGGUCGUCCUGCUCCAAGGUGAUGCUGACCCUCUGGAGGACUGCAAACCGCUCUCGAACUGGACAAGCGAGGCUGAGAGCUGGGUGAAAGCAUCUCAAUUGUGGCUGUCACUCUACUGCGCUAACGCUAUCGUGGAAAGUGAUGAAGCUGCCCACUCAGAGCUCGCUUAUGGCAUCAUAGAUUUCGUGGCCAACAUCACCACAGACUGGCAAGACGCAAGCCUCGUUGGGAUCAACCAGAGGGCUGUGAAAGCCAAGCAGGAACUGGAGAUGAAGCAGCAAAAGCGCUCACCUACACGGAAAGUACCCUACCUGACUGUGCCGGUCUACGCUGAUAUGGUGGGCUACCUGACCGAGAACCUGGAGCUCUACAAGGAUGCCAUGGAUAAGUUGAAGCUCAAGUUAGAAGUGAAUGCCCAGAGGAUGUUCGACACACGAAUCGGCCUCAGCGAGCGGAAGGCGGACCUGGAAGUGAUUCAGUCUAGCGCAGAAUUGGCAGUAGACAAAGCGCAGGCCACCAUGGGUGCGCACGAGAACCAGCUGGAUAACCUGUACCAGCAAACGACCGUGAUGUGGAAUACAGUAACAAUAACUCACAAUUCGGUUGAGGAGAGCAAGGCAGAAGUUGAAGCCGCUGAGGAGAGGGUCAAGAAGGGCUUAGAGGCCUACAAGAGGCGCAGGCGUUUCUUGACUUUCCUCGACUAUGCUUCCUUGGUCACCAUCACCGUGAAAGGGGGCUUAGACGUAUCUAAAAACAUCACAAAUAUAACCGAUUUCGCCAUCGAUACCGUUAUGAAUGUUGGGGACUUCAUAGGCAGCUGGGCAGGCCACGAGAGUGAAAUCGCAGUAUGAUCAUAUCUCUGGGUGAGCUUAUGAACCAAGUGAAUGCCAUCGUGG